CAUCCAGUUGCAGCUCUGACUGUGAUGAGAUCUUCUGGACGUCCUUCUUCUUCUUCUCCACGUCGCUGAGGAUCCUCCAGAGAUGCUUCCAGACUUCAGGUCCCUCCAAGUCCUGGUUCUGGUCCUCCUCACACUGCUGCAGACCUCAGAGUCCAGAUCCUGGACCCAGACGGGGCCUCGGCUGCAGAUCUCUCACUCAGAGCUGAGGAACGGUUCUGCGGUGUUCUGGGAGGACGGGGUCAGCGGAGGGUUCCAGGUUCUGCUGCUGGACGAGGACCAGGGCUGGUUACUGGUGGGAGGGAAAGACCACGUCUACCUGCUGAGGCCGGACGGUGUGGAGCUGAAGACCAGGACGAUCUACUGGCCGGCUGCUAGAGAACACGUGGAACACUGCAGACUGGCAGGAAAGAGUCUGGAGACCGAAUGCGCCAACUUUGUCCGUCUACUGCAGCCGUUCAAUAAAACUCACAUUUAUGUUUGUGGAACCGGAGCUUUCCAUCCUCAGUGUGCAUAUCUGCAGCUGGGACCCAACACAGAGUUCCUGUUGUCAUCGGUGGAGUCUGGACGAGGAAAGUGUCCCUUCAGCCCCACAGAGCCGUUCGCCGCCCGGCUGGCCGAGGGUGAACUCUAUGCAGGAACCUCAGUGGACUUCAUGGGAGCGAACGCCGCCAUCUUCAGGUCGUCCGUCCAGGGCAGCAGCCAGCAUUACAUCCGGACCGAGGCCUACGACCACAACUGGCUCAACGAGCCGGAGUUCGUCGGUUCCUUCUCCAUCCCCGAUACUCACAGUCCAGACGACGACAAAGUUUAUUUCUUCUUCAAGGAGCGAGCUGUGGAGGCCGGACAGUGGGACCGGAGGGUUUACAGCCGAGUGGCUCGAGUCUGCAAGAACGACGUCGGAGGAAAGAGGAGUCUGAUCAACCGCUGGUCGACCUUCCUGAAAGCCCGGCUCGUCUGUUCGGUUCCGGGUCCGUCUGGAGUCGACACUCAGUUCGAUGAACUCGAGGACAUCUUUGUUCUGGGACCAAAGACCCUCAGAAUCCGACCGUCUACGGAGUCAUUCAGCACCUCCAGCCUGAUGCCUCGUGCACGCUCACAGCCUGAUGCCUCGUGCACGCUCACAGCCUGCCGCCUCGUGCACGCUCACCACCUGAUGCCUCGUGCACGCUCACAGCCUGCCUCCUCGUGCACGCUCACAGCCUGCCUCCUCGUGCACGCUCACAGCCUGCUGGUGCAGUGUCUGGUGGAGGUCAGAGGUGAAGAGGCCCAGCUGGUUGUUUUUGUAACCCUGAAGUAG